AUGCUCUCUGCCAGAGAUGAACUCUCCUGGGGCAGAUACCACUGUGUCCACCCUUCACAAAAACAGAUCAUUGGUUUUCCAUAUGCAGGUCACUUGCUGAGCACCUUUGUCACUGAAACCUUCCAGAACCCAGAGCUGCAGCCUUUCAUCUUCUUUCUCUUUCUCGUUAUCUACCUGAUCUCCAUCCUGGACAACCUGCUCAUCACCCUCACCAUCAGCUCUUACUCUCACCUUCACACACCUAUGUACUUUUUCCUCUCCACCCUGUCCUUGGCUGACAUCUGUAUAAGCACCAAAACUAUCCCAAAGAUCCAUGCAAAAAGUUGUCUACUUGCAGUGCUGGCCUACGACUGCUAUGUGGCCAUUUGUCAGCACCUAAGUACUGGGCACACCAUGCUUCACACUCUGAUAGUGCCUUGGCCAUCUUUCUGCACAGACAUGGAAACACCUCAGUUCUUCUGUGAACUUUCUCAGAUCUUCAAGCUGGCCUGCACUGGUAUCUUUAUAAAUACCCUUCUGAUAGUUUCAGCAGCGAACAUAUUCUUUGAUUUUCCCAGUGCUGAAAUAAUUUUCUCUUAUACUAAAAUUGUCUCCUAUGUUUUCAGAAUGCCCUCAGUGGGAGGAAGAUAUAAAGCAUUUUCUAUCUGUGGGUCUCACCUCUCUGUUGUUUCCUUAUUCUAUGGAUCAGGUUCUGGAGUGUACCUGAGUUCUGCCAUUACUGACUCUUCCACUAAGAAUGCAGUGGCUUCAGUGAUUUACACUGUGAUCCCUCAAAUGAUGAACCCCUUUAUCUACAGCUUGAGGAACCGAGAAAUGAAGAUAGCUCUGAAGCAUCUCCUUAUUGGGAAGCCUUCUUUAUUCUUGUGUCAUUAG